AUGAAAGUUUACGUCGCUAAGUUUGGUUCUCUUGUUUCUCUGGAGCAGCUCAGAACCCAAGGACACCCCUUCACCGAGAAGAAGAGGUUGGAUGAGUUUUGUGAGCCUGACCAGGAGUUUCCUUCCUUCGUCGCCUCGCUCAGUGACAAGGAGAGGGUGGUCAACCUCUACAAGAUCUUUGUCUAUUUCAACGCUUCCUUGGACAACAUCACCAAAGACCAAGAGAGCUUCGACAGCAUUGAUUCCAAAGAAGACUUGCUACGGAGGCUCAGAAAUACCAACAACCACACGGCUGGCCUACUCUCCAACCUCACGUGCCUGCUCUGCUCCAAGUACAAAGUCAACCACGUGGAUGUGACCUAUGGCAAUCAUUCCAGCACCGACACCUUUGAGAAAAAGCAGAAAGGUUGCCAAAUACUCCGGAAAUACACAAAGGUCAUCCGGCAUGCAGCACAAGCUUUGGGACAUUGUCGUCACAAGCAGACUUGA